AUGUCGUUAGGUUCGGUCGAUAGUUCGAUAAUACAUUUAAAAACAGAACCAAAUUUAAAUAUAGAAGCUGAAGGUCUUUUAGAAUAUUUAAUACAUAAUGAUGGACUUGUAUUAAGAUCAUAUUUAGAUGAUAAUACGUGUAGUUACGUUGUCGAAACAUGUCAAAGAGUUUUAAAUGCAUCGACGGAAAAGAAAAAACAAUCGGCUAUAAAAAUAACAUCGAAAGAAAAUUCGAGUCAAAAAUCAAAAGAAUCCGAUUUGGAAAUGACGUUCGAUACGAGAAAACAAUUUUCAUUAAGUUCGCCAUCUUGGAAUUCAAAUAUUUCUACAAGUAAAUCCAGCGAAAGACAAAAUGAUGCCUUAAAUAAAGUCAUCUAUCUACUCGAAGAUCACGAGGGUAUUGUCACAUUAAUACAAAAUUUGGACAGCGAGGUAACUCCACCCAUGAAAUACUUUUUAAAAGUAUUAAAAAAUUUUGUUAGAUUAGUGACUAACCAAUUGCAAGUGAAUUCCAUAGAGGAUAAGAAUAAGGAAAAUUAUUUGAGAAGAGUUUUUGAAAAAAAUGAAUUGGUUAAAAAAGAAAUAGAAAAAUUAGAAGAGGAAAUGGUCGUGACAAAAACGGAUGCUAAUUUUUGUUUGAUCGGACGUAACGUACUAAUAGCGAGACAUAAAAAUAAAAUAGAAAACGUUAAAAAAAAAUCAUUCGAAGCAAUUGAAAAAAGAAUAAAUCAAUCGGAAAAAGGAAUGGUUAGCGAUUAUAAAGAAAGUUUAAUACAACAAGAAAGAUUAAAACAAGAUUACGAACAAACCUCUGAAAAAUAUGGUAUCAUGUUAAAAGAUCAUUUACAUUUGGAAAAAGCUCUACGUGCAAAAAGAUCAAAAGUUGAAAAUCAAGUAUUGGGUUGGAUACAGAAGUUUGAUCUAGACAUUGGUGAAAGGCAAGCCGAAGAAGAAGAAAUCCAAGCGUUAUUAGAUAAAGAAAUCAAAUUGGGUAACGAAAUUCAAAAUAAAUUAGACGAACAAGAAGAAGAAUAUGAUGAAUUGAUGCAAGAAAAAGCAGAAUACGAAAACGAAAUGCUUGAAAAAAGAUUAUUUCAAUUUAUUGUCAAUAGGUCGGCGAGACGAAUUCAAAGAACGUUUAGACUUUAUAAAGCUCGUAAACUUGCUAAAAAAUUAUCUAAAAAAACAAAAAAGAAAAAGAAAAAAUAA